AUGGCGAUAAACGCUCGCGUCGAAAGUAUUCCACAAUGGAUCACACCAGGCCGCGCUUUUUAUCUCGGAUGCAUUGGAUCCGUUGGCGACGAAUACUUUAUUCAAUGGCUGGACAGUAGCCUCGUAUGCGAAUGCAGUGACCCCGUGACAGAUCUCGAGUUUUUGGUCUUCGAAGACAUAGCACCUCCCGCCAUGUGGAAGUCUAGACGCAAGGUUUUACGCUUUGUGAUCAGUUUAGAAGACGAGUGUCCUGAAUGGUAUCAACACCUUGUCCAUCCCUUCUUCGAUGCAGUCAUCGAAGAAGUCUUGACCGAACCAUUGUAUCCAGAGAUGAACUAUGAUCACUCAGGCGUGACCAACGCAAGAGUCCAUUUUCGGCGGAUGUCUUUCGAAUUCCAUGUCGACAAGGGAGUACCACCGGAUGAAGCCAAUUAUCGUCUCGGCAUCUUCGAGGAUCCAAAUUAUCCUUUUAAUUUGAGAAUGACACUUGCUCCAGGCACAUGGAAUGCGAAACUGCAUCACUUAUCUCAACCAGUCAAACGUAAUGGUCUGAUAAAGCGUACUGAGAUCCGCUGGAAGGGAGAGUCAUCCAUCCGUGGUAUAGCAAGUAAUGGUUUCACCCAACCUGCCGAGAUCUCUAUUGCUUCUACUUAA